GCCAUCAUCUCAAGACUAGAGCAAUUUCCUAUUAAAAAAAAUGGCUCCCAUGAGCUGCAGUACUAAUCCGGGGAUCAUCCUCCUGGUAAUUGCUUCUCUGUUAGCAGUAACUCAGGGCAGCACUGUAACCUUCGGAGGACCCCAACACUGGCGCUACGGCUUCAAUUACACCGAUUGGGCAAUUAAGAAUAGCCCCUUCUACAUACAGGACACUCUAGGUCUUGCAUUAAUUUGUUCCAGUAUGAACACAGUACAAUGUUUACUUGCUGCGGAAUCUGUUCAGAUAUAUGACCUGCGACUUCAGUCAAGCGGGCUAUUAGCAAAUCCGACGCAGGGAAAAGGGGAGGGCUUUGCGGUGGUGAUAAACCAAGAGAGGCCGUGCUACGUUGCUUCCGGAGAGGGUGACGACAGCGAGAAUGGUAUGAUGAAGUUUUUCAUUGCGCCAGUGCCGCGUUUGACUGGUCGAUAGAGAGGAAUGAAUGCCGAUGAUCGGUUCUCUGCUCAGUUUGAAGAUGCAUUCAACUGUUAGGGAAGGACUUGAUUGAAUAAAAUAAAAAAUAAAGGGUUCAAACAAAGUAAUUGUUGUUAAAUUUCACACGUUCUGUUUCUAUUUUUACUUCGAUUUUUUUUCUUUUUUGAGACGUUAAUUUCUUCCUUUUACUUUGAUGAGGAUACGUGACUUCAGUGAUUGUGAUUGCGCAUGUGUUUCUUUUAG